UAGCUCUCUUUUUAUGUUGUUGGUCAUAUCCAACUGUCCAAAAUUUAUAGUUCAUGCAUGUUCAAUUAAUUGUUGCAGGUAACGCCCAAUCUUUAUGGUAACCUCGUGGCAAAUACAGCAGCAGGUAUAGCUGGAGGCACUGGUGUCAUGCCUGGGGGCAAUGUCGGGGCGGAUCAUGCCAUCUUCGAGCAAGGUGCUUCAGCAGGUAACGUGGGGAAUGAGAAGUUGGUGGAGCAGAAGAAGGCCAACCCAGUGGCCCUGCUUCUAUCAUCUGCCAUGAUGCUGAGGCAUCUGCAGUUCCCCUCAUUUGCCGAUCGAUUGGAGACUGCCGUGAAGCGUGUGAUUUCAGAGGGAAAGUAUCGGACAAAAGAUCUUGGAGGACAAAGCGCCACACAAGAGGUAGUGGAUGCCGUCAUAGCAGUUCUAGAUUGACAGGAUUCCAUUCUCGAUCUUGCCAACAAAUAUCGUUUUAGGCUUGAGGCAAUGGUUUCGGAGUGUAUUCCUUUUUUUCUGUCAUUGUCGGGGUUUCCAGUUUCUGCGAAGAAUAAAAAAUUGCAAUAUUUUUUUUUGAAAUAAUUUGAAUCCUUAGAAAAUCAGGAGCCAUGCAGUUGGGACAAGGCUGUGUUGUGGUGGUGUUUAUAAGAUCAUGAGCCAUGUAGAUUGUUGAAAUAGCAUUUUGAAGGUAAGAUGGAUUCGAUUUAUUGUUUUGAUACUUACGGAAGUUUUAAGAAAAAUGUAAUCUAUGUCAACUGAUUUAUGUAAAUACUAGCUGUUCUGGUUUAUGGACUUUGCAACGUAAUAGAAAUGAACAUCAUUUUACUUGA